CAUGUUCAAUUCUCCCGGCCGGGCAAUCCCCCAUUUAUUAAACAAGAACAAACCGCCUUGUACAUAUGCUGCACCUACUAAUAUAGGGUUCGACAGUAAUUUUAUCAUUGACCAGAAUCGAUCUGGUGCUGCAUUGGGCUAUUGAUGGAACGAUCUACAAUGCGCUGAUAGUUAUCGUGGGACCUCGGGUUGACAUCAUGUCCUUCACGAAUGCGCCGGUGACGCGCAGUCUUGUUUACGGGCUGAUUGGGAUUUCCAUAGCCGUCAGCCUCCUUGAUAUCAAGCACUACUUCUAUAUCCUAGUUGACUUGCAUCUCUGGCAAUUCCAUCAGACAUGGAGGACUCUCAUUUACCAACUGUGCUACACCAAUUCGACCGAGGUGUUAUUUGCUGCCAUGACCCUAUACAAUAUGAGAGCAGUUGAGAGGCUAUGGGGACCUAGAAAGUUCGCGACGUUCGUGUUCGUUACCUUGCUGCUCACAAGCUGGUUGACCCCCGCUGCUUUGGCUCUCUUUCUGAGGCCACUUACGUUGGGGCUCUUCAACUACCUCCCUGCUGGACCUACACCUAUAAUAUUUGCGAUUCUAGCUCAAUAUCACGCCAUGAUUCCACCAAUCUACAAAUAUAAGAUAGCUACAUCGGUGUCUGCCCCAACAGACGAUUCGACACAAGGCAUUACGUUCUCUGACAAGUCGUACCGAUACCUCCUUGCAUUCCAGCUUGCUCUCUUUCAGUGGCCUGGAUCUCUACUCGGUGCCCUAAUUGGAUGGAUGGUGGGUCUUUCAUGGAGGAUGGAAGUUCUACCACCAUCACUCAUAAGAUGGCGGUUACCGGGAUGGGUUGUGGGAAUGCGAACCCAGAGAAGAAGCCAAGAAUUUGAAGGAUUGCGAAGAAGACUCGAGGGAGAAGGCGCAUCUACAGCCUCAACGAGCGGCGCACAGAGUCAAGCGGAUGGCGAAGGUGGAAGGCGCAGAACAAUGGGUCAACAAGUUAUAGAUCAGUUCCAAGGGGCAUUUUAGACCUCUUGGGAAGUAAAUAAAAAGAGCCUCAGUGCUUGCCUAGGUACCUAGGUAUUUUAUCGUUGUCGCCCUUGGGUUUAACGUGUUCGGCCCCUAGAGGCUUUUACGACUGGGCGCGAUAUUUAAUGACAGGUAUAUAGAAAAUCUGAGCAUUAUAGGCUAUAGCGACCGUCCAUGUGUAACAGAUGACUGUGCCAAUGAACAUAGGUAGUCUAGACAGAUCAGCC